AUGUUCAAGUCGAUUGCUGUCGCUCUCACUCUCGCUACUUUCGCGCUCUCCACCCCUCUUCCCCGCGCCGCAGUCACUGACACCCAAGUGCUGCAGUUCGCACUUACCCUCGAGCACCUUGAGAACGCGUUCUAUACCGAGGCGCUCUCCAAGUUCUCCGAGCAGGACUUUGCCGACGCCGGCUUCGAGCCCUGGGUCCGCGGCCGGUUCAACCAGAUCUCCAAGCACGAGGCCGCCCACGUCGCCUUCCUGGAGUCCGCGCUCGGGGACAGCGCGACCAAGCCGUGCAAGUACUCGUUCCCCUUCGACUCUCCGCGCUCCUUUGCGGCGCUCUCGAUGGUGCUCGAGACCGUCGGAGGUUCGGCGUACCUCGGCGCCGCGCAAUUCUUGCAGGAUAAGGGCACCCUGACGGACGCCGCGUCCAUCCUCGCCGCCGAGUCUCGCCACUCCGGCUGGGUCUCCGCCGCGGUGCUCAAGAACCAGCCGUGGGAGGGCGCGUUCGAGACCCCGCUCCUCCCGAGCGGCGCGUUCUCGCUCGCCGCGCAGUUCAUCACCUCCUGCCCGUCCGACAACCCGGCGCUCCCCGUGCAGGCGCACCCGGCGCUGUCCGUCUCGACCGGCACACCUACCCCCGGCGCGUCCGUCAAGUUCACGGUCGGCGGGAGCGGGAGCUCGGGCACUAAGUUCGUCGCGUGGCUCGACGGCGUCGGGGACCCCGUGUACACGGCGGUGGGGAGCGACGGCUCGACGACGGUGCCGAAGGGGCUGGCGGGGACGGUGUACGCGGCGAUGGUGUCGUCGAAGGACGGGGCUGUGAGCGAUGCGACGCUGCUCUCCGGGUUUGCGGUUUUCCAGUUCACGUUCUCGUCCCAGGCUUGA